GACACUUUUGUCUCCACACUUUCAUAGGAACAACAAGAAGAAUAAAGAUUACAACAAGUUGCCCAAAGAGUAAAACAGAAGACUCCUUCAAAAUCUUUUUGUUCACCGAAGCAUUCGUUCACCAUCCUUCAACAAAUUAACAGAUCCAUCCCAGCUUUUUAUUGGUUCAGAGCCUUUGAUCUUUUACGGCUGAAAAAACUAUAUUACUCUCCAUCCAACAAUGGUGAAGAACGAGCACAAGAUCCAGUCAGAGACUUCAACGCCAAUGCCAACAUCUUCAUCAGCAUGCAAGAAGAAGAAAUACAAGGGAGUUAGAAUGAGAAGUUGGGGCUCAUGGGUUUCUGAGAUAAGGGCACCAAAUCAAAAAACAAGAAUAUGGUUAGGCUCUUAUUCAACUCCUGAAGCUGCUGCUAGAGCCUAUGAUGCUGCACUUUUAUGUCUUAAGGGCUCUUCAGCCAAUCUCAACUUUCCUAUUACUUCCUCGCAUUACAUUCCUGACGCUGUGAUGUCCCCCAAGUCCAUUCAGAGAGUGGCUGCAGCUGCUGCUAAUAGCUCUGAAGACAAUCCCACCACCCCUCAAGUAUCCUCACUUCCUCUUCCUUCCUCCUCCUCCUCGUCAUCAUCAUCAAUCCUAUCAUCCCCGUCAAUGGUUUCCUCACCGUCCGAUCAGCCAGAUGAUUAUAUGUCACUAAUGGAAUCGUUUGAGACCGACAAUGAACCAAUUCCAAUGCUAGAUUCUUGGUACAAUUUUGAUGGAUUACAAUCACCAAAGUAUAUUGAUCAAAUGUUCAAUGGGGUCUCAUUCAAUCCACCGAUGAUCGAUGAUUUCUACGAAGGCGAUAUUCGUCUAUGGAGCUUUUCUGAGUAGCCUAGUCCAAGAUCAAGCCAACCAUUAUCAUUCUUUUGUCCAUUCAUGAUAUUUAAUUCAUGUUCUUCUGUUGUUGCCUGAAGACAUUACUGACAGUGACCUCAAGUUCAUAUAUUAGUGUCUUGAGUUAGGAGAAAGAGACUCACAUGGGGAAGUUAACAUUUUUUUGAACCAUCUCAUGUGGAUCUCUCUAUAUAUUGAAUCCAUGUAAUAUUAAUUAUUCAAAGUGUGUUGUUAAUUACAUGCAAUAAUUGUUAAUUUACUUUCAUUUUACUGGUGGAAUAAAAGGGGGGAGAAUUUAUUAUUA